UAUUGUUCCGGUGUUGUAAAGAUGGAAACAAUGGGCUUCGAAUGAAGGCCCUUUUGUAUGUGUUGAAGAUCUUGCUUGUUUGAAUGAGUGGAGUCCGAAUUCACCUGCACAAUAGCAAAGUUACUAGCCUCGGGGGUGUUUCCGAGGAAAGCCCCUCCGAUGCCUAAGUAAGAAUGAUGCUCGGAUUCUAGAGAGAAGUUCUCUAGAAGAGUAGUCUUAAGGCGGUAAAUUCGACGUACCUUGAGGUGUGAGCCUUGGCGGCCUAUUUAUAGUGUUUGCACAAUAAAUGCCCAUAGGUCAUUUAUUGCUAUUGGGCCUUGGGCCUUGAUGGAUGGCUGACUAGCCAUUGGUGGGUUUGAUACUGUUUGUUUAGAGCCAUUGGGCUUUGGACUUAGUGGCCCAAUAGAGAAUCAAUUGGGAGCCCAAACAACAUGCCCCCCAGACCCGGUCCAUUUAGAAUUAAAUGGGUGGGUUUCCAGCUGUCAGAAGUCCGAAAGUUCCCUCUUUUUUUUCUGAAAAGGGAUGAUUUGCAUUGAUGACAAGUGUUGGGAGUUGUAUUGUGCCGUGUAGAUCGUGGGUUGAGGAAGUUGAUGCGCCCCUUUUCUUUUCUAUAAAUACGGGGUGCAUUGCUCUUUUCGAACUUUUUACUCCUUCUUUCAAACCCUUUCUCUCUCUAAAUUCCGGCGAUCGCAGUGCGAUUUGUUUCUUCAGAUCUACGAAAUUCGGCCAACUUUGGACUUCGGGAACUUGUGCUGUUCGUUUUAUCGGCGAAUUCCGCUUCGGAAGAAGGUAAUUUGUUUCUGAAUUCUCCUUUUUUUCUUCGUUUUUCCUUCUACCCCUCAAUCUCAACCCUAGACCGAGAAUUCGCGGCCAUGGCAAAGAAUAGGGGCAAGAGCAAGUUCGUCGUUGGCUCCUCUAGUGAGAGGGAGAACGUGCCUUCGGGAAGGUUGCCGAAAACUUCGAGGGUUCGGCCUUCGGAGAGGCCAGUGGAGAGGCGCUCGACUGGUUGGGAUGCUUCGAAAGAUGAUGUUGUUGGCGGGUCUAGCGUGUCUGAACGCGCAACUUCUGGUAAAAAGGCUGGCUCUUCGGGUGUGCGCCGCUCCUACCCUGAGUUUCCAGUUCAUUGGACUGAAGCUGAUCCGCAGGGUAAGUAUGCCCCGAUUCUGCAUGAGACCACUAAGAUCGAUGGUCCCUUGGAAAAAUCGGUCAGUGGUGACUGGUUGGUGGAGGCGAAGCUGGGGCAUUACCAUCGGAGGGCCGAAGAGUUAUACGGAAUCCAGCACGCCUUGGGGUACUGGUGCGAGCUUCCCGACCAGGAGCGUCCUCGGGUGACUCAUCCGCCGAGGGGGUUCAUCUCUGUGUAUACUCAUCAUUUGGAGAACGGCCUCCGCUUUCCUUUGGAUCCCUUCAUAUCCGAGCUCCUGGUGUCGUAUAACAUCAGUUUGGCCCAGCUUACCCCCAAAUCUAUGAGGCACAUCAUCGGAUUUAGAUGGGUGUGCGAUUUUAUUAACUUUCCAUGCUCUGUUGCCGUGUUUCGGGAUCUGCACGAUCUGUCUUUCAACCACGCUUCCAAGGGGGAUGGGUAUGGUUGGUGGACCAUUAUCAACAAAAGAUCCCGAAGAAAGGGGGAGCCGAACUAUAUUACGGCCUACCCUUACCUCAGCUCUGAUCAUAACUGGAAGACGGAGUGGUUGUUCGUUCGUGUGCCGACAGAUCCGAAGCAUCCACAUUUUUACCGCCCUCCGAAGUGGUUUGUGACUCCUGAUCCUGAUAUGCGAAGCGUGGCUGCUCCGGAUCGGAACCAUCACCACUACGUGGAUCUCCUCCAGUGGUUUUUGGCUCGGGAGGACAACUACAAAUUGCCGUCCAACUGGCUCCCGAACCUCAACUAUAUUUUGCGGGAGGACAUUCUUGCUGUUGCCGGUCUCAGCAGGAUUUUUGACAGGGAGUACGGCUUCAGCUGCGUUGAUCCUGUGGUCUUGGGUAUUUCUUUGGAUCUGAAGACCAUUCACGACUCGGCCCCUGAUUAUAAGUUCGGGAAGGAGAAUCCUCGUAAUCCUCGCUUGAAGGAUUACGUGCUGUCUCCGUCGGGUGUCGCUCGGAUAUCUGAAGUUCGAGCUGAUCCGUGGGAUUCUGCCUCUUCUCCCGAAGCUGUUCCAGUGAAAGUCGUGCUCCCUGAUUUGAGGACAACCUCGGAUCCGGGUCCUGGGACUGACGCUGUGCCGCGUGCCGUUCCUUCGGUUUCAUCUCCGGCUCGGAUAGAUAUCUCUUUAUCUAGGAACCGGGAUCAGCGCAAAAGGAAGAGCAGCACUCUUUUGAGGCCUUCUGCGCAUCCGAAGAAGGCGAAAGCUGAUCAGUCUUCGGAGAAGGAAGUGGUUUCGGAAGUCAUGCCUCCUCCCAAAAACCUCCUUCACUUCAUGCCCUUGCCCGGGCAGAAGUUGAAGAGUGUGGUGGUUGUGGAACCGCCACCCGUGGACCAACCGCUGGCUGAGGAAGAUACCAUCCCUUCUCCGCUGAAGCCGUCUGCUGCUUUAGGGAUCGAGAUCCAGGAUAUAACCAAGGUGAUGGAGGCAAUUGAAGCCGACCUUGUUCCUGGCUCGGAUGUCCCUAUUGUGGCCGAGCAGAAGGAAGAAGCUGCUGACGUUUCUCUCGAAAGGGAGAAAAGUCCGGAUAAGGAGAUGGUGGAUCUCACCGAAGCUCACGUAGAGGUUCCCGAAGCUGAGAAGGAGGAACCCGAGCAGGGUCUGACGAGGAAGAGGCGUCAUUCGACCUUGGGCUCCACUUCGACCUCGGCCCUGGAUAGACUGAUCCACGCUGACCCUUGCUCGGAUGUUCCGCUGAAACGGAUCCCCGAGGAGGUAAGGGAAGCGAUGGCUCGCUAUGCCAGAGCUCCGGUUUUGGGGGAGAACCCCAUGGCUCACGUGGGAUCUUUGGUGGGUCCCGAAGCUGCACGGGAGAAUCUUCUUCGGGCCAACCCGCAGUGGAGGGUUCCUGGAGCUGAGGAGAGGAACCCAGCUAUGAUGGCCCAAUAUUAUCUGAAUGAGGCUGUUUUCUGGUCCUCGUUCGCUUCCGAGUGUAGCUCGGUUGAGGAAAGGCAGCUGAGGAGGUAUCAGGAGGCUUAUGCUCGUGAUAUCCCUGUCUUGGACCAGAAGGCUGGGCAGCUCAUGGCCGAGAUGGUGGACCUCAAGCAACUGUACCUUCAGUACAGUCGUGAGGCUAGGGAAGCGGCGGAACAGAUCGGGGCCGAAGUUGGGAGGCUCACUUUCCAAGUUGAAGAGGAUGCUGAAAAGAUAGCUUCCUUCGACAGGGAGAGGAGAGAAAUGGCUGCCAAGUUUGCGAGCGAACUUGAAGAAAAAGACAGUCUUCUCAAGGAGAUGACGUCUAAAUUUGAGGCGGCCAUUAAGCAGAGCCAGGAAGCGGAGGCGAGGCUUCAGCAGUUUAUCAAGCACCGGGAGAUUGUUCAGAAUCAAGCUGACAAGGUGCCCGUUCUCCAGCUGAAGAUCCGAGAGAAAGAUGCUGCCAUUCGGAAGUUGGAGCAAGAGAGAGUUGACCUCUACACUGCUGAUCAGUGUAGAGAGCAAUACUGGAAUGGCAUCCUGGGUGCUCGGCGGAUGUUCGCGAAGCACAUGCCUCAUUUCCCUUGGAAUGAGAAGGUUCCGCUCUGGAUGAGGGCCCAGGAUCACUUGGUGGAGUGCCAGGCCGAUCGAGACGAAGCUGAAGCUGAACGCCAAGCUGCUCUUGCAGAGGCUCGGGCCCAGAAGGCGGCUUCCGAAGGUGAUACUACUGCUGGGGGUUCUUCGAAGGAUGCUCCUCUGGGGGAUGCUCCUGAGACUCCCAAGAGCUAGGGAUUCGGGCAGUCGUCUUCUUCAGAGUCGGUCGGUUCCAGUUGAGGACUUCCGAACAUGUGCUUGCCUUUCCCCCCUUUUGCCUCGGCGCUGCGUUGUACUUAUUUCUUUUUUGUUUUCUUUAGUACUUCGGUAGGCCGGUAUUGUCUGUUGAUGGCUGCCGAUUUUAACUUGUUUCAUUUUGUUUUCAAUUUUUGAGGUUUUUCGAUGUAUUUGUACUUCCCCCAAAUAUUGAAUAAAAAAUGAAUGUUUGUUACUUGGCUGCUUCUUUUCAACUUGUUCUUUCGCAAUUUUUAGGUCUUUAAAUCCGUAGAUUUCUCGAGCUCCUCUUUCUGUAGACUUGCUAAAAACCUUUUGACCUUGCGAGCUCUUCAAAUCCGUAGAUCUGCUAAGAGGCUCUUUGACUUUGCGAGUUCUUCAAAUCCGUAGAUCUGCUAAGAGACUCUUUAGUUUUGCGAGUUCUUCAAAUCCGUAGAUCUGCUAAGAGACUCUUUAGUUUUGCGAGUUCUUCAAAUCCGAAGAUCUGCUAAGAGACUCUUUAGUUUUGCGAGUUCUUCAAAUCCGUAGAUCUGCUAAGAGACUCUUUAGUUUCCAGACUCUUCAAAUCCGUCGAUCUGCUCAGAGGUUUGGAUUGUUCUUCCGAUCUCUUGUGGUUCGGAAACCUGGGCAAGAGAUCGCUAGUCUGCCUCUUUAGUUAUGCCUUCGGCGAUCCGUGGAUCUGAGCCGGAGUUUUAUAACUUGAUUCGAGCGACUGUUUGUUGCGAACAAAUUUUAUUAGGGUACCGCGAAUCCGAGGAUUCUGGACGGUUCCCUGAAGUGUAUGAUUUGGUCAUUUCUUGCAUUUUAUCAAGGAAUGGACAAAGUCAACCUGUUUUUAGUCUCGGAUUGAUCAGAUCCGAGGCUGCAUAUAUAUAUAAGGGGACA